UAUAUUGCUUCUGAAACAGACUGAUGAAUUGUAAGAGAGAUUCUGGAGAUCAAUGUAACAAAACCAGCCGCUUUUGAAAUUGGUAAACAAAACCCAGAUCUUCCUUAACCAAAUUUGGCAUAAAAUGGCAAUCAGAAAGGCCAGUGUGAGUUGGUCUAUAUAAGCAAAGGGAUUAUAUAACAAGCAAGAGUAAAACAGGAUGCCCUAAGUAGGAAUGAAUGAAUACACCAUAAGUCACCAAUGACUGUAAAAUAAACCUAAUAGGAGUCAGGCUGGAAAUCAAAAGAGUUUUAAAGAUAUCAUUAAAACAUCCAAAUAAUUUUCUUAAAAGUCUUUUUUUCCAGGCAAGCUAUUACAUUUUUUCCUCUGUGUUUUAAAAGCAUACAUACUUACACUGGGUUUUAGAAAGGGAGCUUGUGCUUAAUUUUAGGAAUUAUUAAAAAAUUUAUUCAUUGUCCCAAAAAGUGAGGCAAGCUCCAGCUAAUGGAGCAUCAGGACCCAUUGGAAAAUAAGAUGAUGAAUUAGCUGGAUGUGUCUGCUCCAAGCCCCAGGUGCCAAUAGAAGAGUCCCUCUGCUCGUUGGCUUUACAACAUCCAUGACCAAGAAUGUAUGACUUCCUGCCUAGAAAGCAUUCUUAUUAGCCCUACAUAAUAGUGGCAGGGUUGCAUUUUCAACCCCAUGGUCAUCAUAUAGGCUUACAGAGAUAAAACGGAUAUGAAUCAUGAAUUACAUUUGCUCAACCACCUUGAGUUAUAAGUGGUCCAAUGAAGUGUGACUUGGUUAACCAUCUACUCCAAAUGCCAAAAUCCAAUGAGGCAUAACCAGUUCCAUGCAAUGGUAUCCAAAUGGUAGGCAUUAAAUGUUUUCAUUGCUAGUGACAAGUUACAAGGUAUUGUUAACCAAGGAAAAGGCAGGCAAGACCCACCCUCUUUUGCUUCUAACAUGACUUGCUUGAGGAGGGAAGAAAGCAAAUGUCAACAGUCCCCCAAAUGCUAUUUGGCACGUGCAGUGAAGCACGGCAGGAAGCGAUUUUAAAUGCUGUGCCUCUCCACAGCACACCUAAUCGUCAGCCACUGAAAAUAAGAUCUUAAGUUUCAGUGUGGGAAGAGAAUGACAGCGGUGAGAGUGCUGGGAAAUUUGUAUCUCAUUCUGUCUUCGGGCUGCAGAAAGGUCAUCAAGUUACCGGAAGGAGCUCCCUGGGUGCAGUCGGUCCCACUGCAUUUACAAAAACUGUACAUCAGUGAUCCUAGGGUCCGAAUGAAGUCCCUUGUGGAGACAUCGAAUACUUCUGUUAAUUAGAAUCCAUGACGUGCCUCCUCCUAGAUAGUCAAAUAUCUAGGAACACAGAACAGUUUUUAAAAAGACAAAAAAAUUAAUUUUCUCCUGAAAACUUUAUAGGGAAUAAAAGAAGUCUUCCAAAAUCAAAGUUGGAUAAUUCUGCUAUAUACACAAGGCAAAUGUUUGUGUCAAACAUUUGUAUUUAUAAGUUCAUUGUAAGUUUUUUUUUCUUUAAUAAAAGAAACAGUAAAGGAAAGUCACCUUUACAUUCAUAUAAAAUUCUCUUCACCCUGAAGUGGUAAAAGAGGACACACGAACACAAUUAAAUAAAGUACACAGGCAUUUCCAACAUUCUCUUUGCUCCCCUGCUGAGACGGUUGUAAGAUGCCUUGCAAAACUUAAACAUUACGUCAAAACGCCCUCCGCGGCGGCGAGGCUUUGCGCUUUAUAGGUUCCAGGGGUAGGACAGUAGCCGGAGAAGCUGCUCCCAGACUCGUUUCCAAGCAGGGAACAUUGACAUCGCCAGCAUUUUCCAGUUUCCCAAGAAUGUGGCCGCAGCGCGAUGCGCCCAGAGGCGUCCCAGAGCCGAACCCGGAGACCGAUCGCUUUGUGAGCGCCAAUCUCCGCAGCCUCUGGCUGUCGCUGCGCCCGGCGCCUGCCCCCUGCCUGGCCUCACUCACCCCUCCUUCUCGAGUACAUUUACACACGACCCUUACAUGGCGAGGACCCUUCCCCCCACUUUUCUUAGUAGGUCCGGAUCUCCAGCCCAUUCAUCAGCAGCCUCUGCAUUUGAGCUGAGUCUCUAUCCUUCCUUUUUAAAAACAAAAACAGCAGGGGGGGAGGGGGGGAGGAAGGCAGGAGAUUUAACUCCAACUUCAGAGCAACCGUCCUGGGCUGCCCAUCUGACACCAGUGGGUGGGGUGCAAUCUGACACCUCCUUUCCUUUCCAGAAACGUGAGUGGAGCUGGGCGCCCCCCUUGAUCUGGGGGAGGGGAGACGGAGGAGAAGGUCCGCACUUCCGUCCUCACGGCUUUCUCCCCAGGAGACCCGGUAUCAGUGGCGAGCUAGGCUCUUUCUGCGCGGCUCCCAGGUUUGGCGCCUGGAAAACUCCUCCACGUUCUGCCUUCUCCUGCUAAGGGCUCCGCUCCACCUCUAGACCUUGCUUCCCUCCCACCCUACCCGUCCUGGCCGCCCCCUUCCCGCUGCCUCUAGUGAGAGCGUGCGGGGACAUCUCCGCGCCUGCCCUGGGCCCAAGGCAGGGCUGCGAAUAUCAGGAGCCCCUCUCCGGCGGGGCAUGGGCACCCACCCCUGGGGUUCUCUCCUUAGCUCCCUGAGCGUAGCCAGGAAUUCUCUCCCACCGUAGCCACUCAGCCCUUGGAAGGCCCUGGGCGCAGAGCUCUCCGUGUCCCUACUUUGUAGCAAGACUGGCAUCCCACGGGAACCUGGAACUUGGAGACACCCUUGCGCCUAGCCAGUCAGAGGAGUGGGCGCAGCAGCCAAGUGGAGGCCAGAGGCGCUGUUUCAGGGGCCUGGAUACGGCGACGGGGCACCCGGGGCGCAGCUCGGGCGCGCAGCUCCAGCGCCGGAGGAAGUCGCUCUCGCAGCGCGGGGAGCGCGACGGACGCGCCCUGGGCGCACGCCCAGGAGGCCUCCUCCCCAGCCCUCGGGACCGUCCUCAGGGCGCGAGGAGGAGCUUGCUGGAGACUUCGAGGCUGUCCAAAGCCAGCGAGCGGGAGCGCGGCAUCUCCUGCCUUGGCUGGGAAGGGGGAGUGGCGCUGGCGGGUUGGAGCUGGGAACUGAGCGAGCGCCUGACCUUCCUUCUCUUGCUUACCCACUUCGCGACUUGAGCUCCGAGGGAAGGUUCUAGCGAGCGCAAGAGGCCCCCCGACCCCUUUUCCUAGAAGGCUGGUGAUGGAUUUCCUGCUUCUGCCCCCGCGAGGGUACUUGGAGCGCGCUAGUGGCGCGUGAGCCGGGCGCUGCCCUCCACCGCCCUCAGCGAGCCUCUGGCUGGCCCCGCCUGGCAGCCUCGCCUGAGCCCCCCUUCUUUCUGGGCCCCAAAUCGCCAGCGUUCCGAAAGCGGGAAGAAGGUGGCCCUCGGGCACAGCCCCGACGAGAUGUCCGCGCAGAGCCUGCUCCACAGUGUCUUCUCCUGCUCUUCACCGGCCUCGGGCGGCGCGGCCUCGGCCAAGGGCUUUUCCAAGAGGAAGCUGCGCCAGACCCGCAGCCUAGACCCAGCCCUGAUCGGCGGCUGCGGGGGCGAGGCGGGCGCGGAGGGCGGCUCGCGGGGGGCCACUGGGGGCCGCCUCUGCUCCCCGCUGGCCCCAGCCGAGGGUCUCGGCCCCCGAUCAGCGUCCUCUCCCCGGGGCCCACCCCCCCGGGCCAACAGACUCCCGCCCCCUAGACCCCUCUGCUCAUCCUUCUCCACGCCCAGCACCCCGCAGGAGAAGUCGCCGUCUGGCAGCUUCCACUUUGACUAUGAGGUCUCCCUGGGUCGCAGCGGCCUCAAGAAGAGCAUGGCCUGGGACCUGCCUUCGGUCUUGUCAGGGCCGGGCAGUGGCCGCAGCGCCAUCCUGUGCUCCUCUGGGGGAGGCCCCAACGGCAUCUUCGCUUCUCCCAGGAGGUGGCUCCAGCAGAGAAAGUUCCAGUCCCCACCUAACAGCCACGGCCAACCCUACAUCGUGUGGAAGUCCGAGGGUGAUUUCACCUGGAACAGCAUGUCGGGCCGCAGCGUGCGGCUGAGGUCAGUCCCCAUCCAGAGUCUCUCGGAGCUGGAGCGAGCCCGGCUGCAAGAAGUGGCUUUUUAUCAGUUGCAGCAGGACUGUGACCUGAGCUGUCAGAUCACCAUUCCCAAAGAUGGACAAAAGAGAAAGAAAUCUUUGAGAAAGAAACUGGAUUCACUAGGGAAGGAGAAAAACAAAGACAGAGAAUUCAUCCCACAGGCAUUUGGAAUGCCCUUAUCCCAAGUCAUUGCCAAUGACCGGGCCUAUAAACUCAAGCAAGACUCGCAGAGGGACGAGCAGAAAGACACAUCUGAUUUUGUAGCUUCGCUCCUCCCAUUUGGAAAUAAAAGACAAAACAAAGAACUCUCAAGCAGUAACUCAUCUCUCAGCUCCACCUCGGAAACACCAAAUGAGUCAACGUCCCCGAACACUCCAGAACCAGCUCCUCGGGCCAGGAGGAGGGGUGCAAUGUCAGUGGAUUCUAUCACAGAUCUUGAUGACAAUCAGUCUCGACUGCUAGAAGCUUUACAACUCUCCUUGCCUGCCGAGGCUCAAAAUAAAAAAGAAAAAGCCAGAGAUAAGAAACUCAGUCUGAAUCCUAUUUACAGACAAGUCCCCAGGCUGGUGGACAGCUGCUGUCAACAUCUAGAAAAACAUGGCCUACAAACGGUGGGAAUAUUCCGAGUUGGAAGCUCAAAAAAGAGAGUGAGACAAUUACGUGAGGAAUUUGACCGUGGGGUUGAUGUCUCUCUGGAGGAAGAGCACAGCGUUCAUGAUGUGGCUGCCUUGUUGAAAGAGUUCCUGAGGGACAUGCCGGACCCCCUUCUCACCAGGGAGCUGUACACAGCUUUCAUCAAUACUCUCUUGUUGGAGCCAGAGGAACAGCUGGGCACCUUGCAGCUCCUCAUCUACCUUCUACCUCCCUGCAACUGCGACACGCUCCACCGCCUGCUACAGUUCCUCUCCAUCGUGGCCAGGCAUGCCAAUGACAACAUCAGCAAAGAUGGGCAAGAGGUCACUGGGAACAAAAUGACAUCUCUAAACUUGGCCACCAUAUUUGGACCCAACCUGCUGCACAAGCAGAAAUCGUCAGACAAAGAAUUCUCGGUCCAGAGUUCGGCCCGGGCUGAGGAGAGCACAGCCAUCAUCGCUGUGGUGCAGAAAAUGAUUGAAAAUUAUGAAGCCCUGUUCAUGGUUCCCCCGGAUCUCCAGAACGAAGUGCUGAUCAGCCUGUUGGAGACCGAUCCCGACGUGGUGGACUACUUACUCAGAAGAAAGGCCUCCCAAUCAUCAAGCCCUGACAUGCUGCGGUCGGAAGUUUCCUUUUCCAUGGGAGGAAGGCACUCAUCCACAGACUCCAACAAGGCCUCCAGCGGAGACCUCUCCCCUUAUGACAACAACUCCCCAGUGCUAUCUGAGCGCUCCCUGCUGGCUAUGCAAGAGGACGCGGCCUCGGGGGGCUCAGAGAAGGUUUACAAAGGGCCAGAACAGUAUGUGCUGGUGGGCCACUUGCCAUCGUCAAAGUCAAGGGAGAGUUCUCCUGGACCAAGGCUUGGGAAAGAUAUGUCAGAGGAGCCUUUCAAUAUCUGGGGAACUUGGCAUUCAACAUUAAAAAGUGGACCCAAAGACCCAGGAAUGACAGGUUCCUAUGGAGACAUUUUUGAAAGCAGCUCCCUGCGACCAGGGCCAUGCUCCCUUUCUCAAGGGAACCUGUCCCCAAAUUGGCCUCGGUGGCAAGGGAGCCCCACAGAACUGGACAGUGGUACGCAGGUCAUUCGGAGGACUCAGACCACAGCCACCAUCGUGGAGUGCAGGGCCCACCCUCCUGUGUCCCGCGUCUGCAACACAUCCCACAUCCAGGGUGGCAGCAGGAGAGCCAAGCUGGCCACGCCAAGGGCGGAGCAGUAUUUGACUCUCAGCAGUGCCGAAGACCUCACCGAGGGCCAGCUGGAUGUGGCCUGGCCGCAGAGCCGAGCCAAGCCUUUGCACCAGAGACCUCAAGAGAGCGUGAGGCAUGACAAGAGGCCUCCUCCUCCUUAUCCUGGUCCAGGGAAGCAAGCUUUAGUGUCGUCCCACCAGCCUGCAGAGUCACAAUUGUGGAGGCCUCAGAGACCAGAAGAAGACUCCGGAACAGCUUUGCAAGAGGGAAGCCAAACAGCCGAGCGAGAGCAUCAGGCUGCCCAGCAAAAACGGAGCAGCGCCUACUCCAGUCCGACCAGUGAUCAAAACAGUAAGACCUUGGGGGAACCCAACUGGCUCGACUGGCAGAGAGAGCGGUGGCAAAUCUGGGAGCUCUUAUCAACCGACAACCCCGAUGCCCUCCCGGAAACACUGGUAUGAGCCCACCCAAGCUCAAGCCCUCACAUCCCAAACAGCCUUCUUCCACUCAGUAGGGAAAAAAGUUGUUGGACAAUUGAACACUUACUUAUUGUUUUUCUUUUACACUUUUAAAAAAUAACACAAGAGAAACUCAGUUCACUUAAAGUUAUAGAGCACUAACUAGUACCCUUGCCAUUUAUAAGGUUCUAUUGUAUAGCCAGCCUUAGGAAAAAACAAAAACAUAAACAGAUAGCCGUAUCUGAUCUAAAAAGUACUCACAUUGGCUCUGUAUAAGAUAAAACUCUUGCUUUGGUAUAGCUUAAUUGUAUUUAUGUGUCUUCAGUUUUGACUAUUGUGUAUUCUGUAACAGAUUAUGUAUGAUAAUCGUAUAUGAUAUAUUCACAGAAAACAAGAGGAACAAUUUUUUUAAUCACUUCACUUAUACUAAGCAAUGAGAUUCUAUAGAAUGUUCUAGAAUAUGCACAAGCAGGUUUCUGUGCUUUUUGCCAUAGCUUUUUAACUAGGGACAGCCCUUCCUUCAAUGCCUAAGAAAAACACUAACAAAACAAAAUAAAACAGAAUAUGAGAAGCCAUAUUUUUAUAUAGUAGUGAGAUACAAAAGUCACUGAAUGUCACAGAAUGCUUUUUCAUAUUGAAUGUGUUUUAAGGAAAAUAUUAAAUUUGAUACAUAAUGGAAUAUAUUUUUAGAAUCUGUUUAGAAAGGAUUCAGUUAAUCAAACAAGAGAAAGGCCGUGCCUAACAAAGAAAGAAUAAUUAAGAAGUUGUCCUUCCCAUUUUAGGUCAAAUUCAAUUUUAUAUAGACCGUAUAUAAUAUAUAUUUAUAAUGUAUAAUUUUUAUGUAUUUUUCAAAACUACAAACUGGAAUCCAACUAUAAAGUGUUUAAGAAUCUAAAUAGAGUAUUGAAAUUACAGAACAUGGUUUUUCCUUUUGCCCCAUAAUCAGUAUUAACCAAAUUAUACGCAAUGCUUUGUAAAGUAAAUCAUAUUUGGAAAAAAACCACAGCUUUGUAUUUACAUCAUGCCAAAGGCUGAGAAAAUGUCUUCUUUGGUAAUUUUUUGUGUAUUGUAAAAUGCUCCUACUGUACUUCAGUAGUUUCAAGUUUUUCAACUGCAAGGCCAUUUUUGACCAGCAGGUGGCGAUUCGCUUCAGUAUUUUAUGAGAUUUUUUUUCACUUCAUAAGGGAAUGUGUAUUAUAGAAAAAGAAUUUUUUUAUAAAACAUGCUACUCUUAAUGUUGGCGAUGAUAUUUUCAGUGGUGUUUCUUAAAGUUCUAUCUUGUGCCAUGAUGAAUAAAAAGUUAAGCAAAGGC